GGAGAAUGUUUUGAAUAUUUGGAAUGUUUUUCCAAAAUUUACAGGAUAAAUUGAAUUGCUGGAGUAAAUGAUCUUUUAGAUCGUGACUUGUUGGUGUUAAGUGAAGAAGCGGCUCUAGUAUAAAGUCGACUUUUUAGAUCGUUGCCCACUUGAGCUGAUUUCUUGGUGUGAAAAAUGGGGAAAGUUCAAAAUUUCAUGAUUGUAAUGGCUUUAUUGAAUGCAUUGUCCAAUGCUCAGUCAAACGGUAUUUAUAUUUUUUACUUCAUAUUUCUUGUCUCUCUUUUUUGUCCUAUAUCCAGAUGAUGGUUUAAAUUUAUUGUAUAUAUAGCUAUACAUGCAUGUAGUCUAAAAUGUGGGGGUAAUGUUCUCCAUGAAUACCAAUGUCAUAGUUCUUAAUCAUACAUGAAAAAGACUAAAACCACUUCAAAAACAAAGAUUAAAAACAUAUGGAUGGGAUUUUUUUUAAAUCUAGUUCUAUGAAUUCAAAAAAAAUGUAAAUUUAUACAAUAAGUUAUCAUGACGUCCCAAGCAAGCAUGCAUGCAGUAGAUCGAAGUUAUAAUUUAUGUAAUUAGGAACUCUAGAACUUCUAAUUAAACCAAAAACUAGCUAAUUUUCUCAAGAGCAGCUUUAGAAGAUUUACGAGUCGAUGUUGUGGAAUAAUCUUUUUCCUUUUUCCUAUUCUAUGUACGAACCAUGCAUGGAAACUUUUCUUUUCUGAUUUCUGUAUAAUUAGUGUAUAUAAUAUUAGUAGUUAACCUAUAUACAUGUACAGUACUUGUAUUAAUAGCCAUAUGAUAUGCGAAGUUAGCAUGUUUAAAUAAACGCAAUGCAUCACUGGAAAAAAAAUUGAAAAUCCAUAGAAGGCCAUAGAAUGGAAAUUGCAUGGACCUUCAUUGGACAUAGAAUGGAUUUUGACUAUCCUCAUGCAACUCGAUCUUCAUUCGUUCUAAUGCAUGCAAUACCGAGAACUCGAUGAAGGACUAAACCAUCUGAGCCGUUAUCUAUGCCUUCGUUUAACAUGAAAAGAAAUAAUGAAAACAUCAUUAACAUUAUAAACCUGUUGUAAUUAGUUAUCAGCUACGAGGGAUAACAUGCGCAAAGUAACAAUUUUGUGUGUAGAGGUUGCAAGAAUUUUUAAUAGAAUUAUAGACUUAGUCUUCACCGCGUCAGUUAGAUUAAUCUGUGUUUGAGAUGCCUGCAGGCUAGCCUUUACUUUGUAAUUGUCAAGUAUUUUUAUCAUUUGCCUUCUCCUUAUAUAUUCUCCAUAGUCACGCUCCUGACCCCUAUUAUCGGUCCUCUACUUUAUUAAUAAAAGUUUUGGUUAAUAUCUUUUUCGGUUUUCCUCUUGAUCGUUUGCUAUGUUUGGUUCCCAUUGAAGGCAAUCUCUCUUCUGGCAUUCUGGUAACAUAACCGAACCAUAUGCGUAUGACAGCUUUAUAUUAACUAGUCUUUUUCUGGCAUGAAUCAGUAUUAACCAUUUCGUAUAAUUACAUAGGUAAUUAUUGAAAAUUCUCCACGCUAAUUAGUUACCGUUUGAGGUGAUUAUUACGCGAUAAUCAUGCACCUAAGCGAUUUUCAAAAUGGCGGCCGAAGCCGUUUUGUCAAUUAAAAAACGAAGAAAUGUGCAUUUUUUAUUUUUUUCCAAAUAAUCACAUAUGAAAUUAUACUAAAACAAUUAUUCACCUCAGGCUCGGUGAAUAUCGUGAAUAAAAACCUUGACUUCGUCUCGGUUUUUAUUCACCGAUAAUCACCUCGCCUUCGGCGAAUAAUUGUUAAUUAUUGGACGAGGUUUUUGUGAUAUACGGAAUUAUCAAGGUCGAGGUAAUAACGCUUACCGAGGCCUUGAUACUUUUGCAUAUCGCAAAAACCGAAUUAUACAUUUGUUUGUAUUAAAUAGAUACCGCUUGCUAAUCAUCGCAGGCUCAAUAUGCAGAUAACUCAGUUAUCUGCUACUCUGCUAGCAGAUAACUGAAUUUUCUGUAGGUUGCAAAUUGCGCGAUUUAACUGUAAGCUUUUAGCCAAUCAAAUGGCUUUUACCAACUACAAUGUAUAUUAGUAUAAUUACAUAGGUGAUUAAAAAAAGGAAUUCGGAAAACGUGAAGGAUUAUUUUGAGCGGCUUUUGUCUUUCAAAGGCGACAAAUAGCUAGAAUAGAAGUCAAUUUUGAAAUUAAUUUUCCAUCCGUAAACACAACUUUUCACGCUGAUUCGAACAGUGGUAUUUUUCAUUUUUGUCCUUGUUUGACGUAUAAAACCAGAGAUAAAGCUGAGUAAACUGUCGAUCAUCAUGAGAGUACACGAUUAAUAAUAAUUAAUAAAUUCCGAGCACGUGCAAGGAAUCUUUGGUAGGCGAUUAAGGAAACGUAUUGAUGCGAACAAACUAACAAACAAACAAACAAACUCACAGGCAGAAUAUAAUGCGGUGCCAAAAAUGUAUGGCGCGUCAUCGGUGUCAAAAAUGUUAUUCUAUUUUAAGAUAAGAUUUUCAUUUUCAUAUAACAAUAUAAAUUUUGGAUAAUACACAAUUGUUCAUAUAACGCUGUAAAUUUUGGAUAACACACGAAUUUUCAUAUAACGCUAUAAAUUUCGGAUAACACACGACUUUUCAUAUAACGCUAUAAAUUUCGGAUAACACACGACUUUUCAUAUAACGCUAUAAAUUUCGGAUAACACACGAUUUUUCAUAUAACGCUAUAAAUUUCGGAUAACACACGAUUUUUCAUAUAACACUUUCAAUUUUGGAUAACACACGAUUUUUCAUAUAACUUUAAUUAUGAUCCUUUGUAAGCUUACGGGCAGCUAGAACACGUGGCCAAGGGCAAGGAACUUGAAAUUUUGAUAGUACAUGCACAUGUUUUUAUACAUCGCUGAAUUUAAAAUCUAAAUAUUUCGCAAAUCCUAAAUUAUGACAUCCUCUCAUGGAAAUAUUAGUGGGAACACAGCUAUAGGGAACUUUUGAAAAAUUGUGCUAGUAAUCUUGACGAAGCGUCGCGAUUGUUAUUAAACGAGGAAAAUGCUCAGAGGCGUCAGAGCACAUUCAACAUGACAUUCAACAUGAUAUUCGAUAUGGUGUGAACUCACUCAUUUCAAUUACUCAGAAGUAAAAAUGAAAAAUAUAGCCAUUUCUUCUCUUCCAAAUGAAUUAGAAAGAAAGAAAUCAUACAGUUCGUAUUAACUAAUUAAUAACUUUAUGUUUUAUUGCACACAAACCAACAAACGCGCCAGUAACAAUAGAGAGGUUAAGAUACCCCGAUUCCGGUUUACGGGUACGGGUGAUAUACACGUAUCCGUACCCGUAAAUCGGGGAAUAACUUGUAACUUAAGAAAUCCAAGAUAUUCCGGCGUGAGAAAACCGAUCAGAGAAUGGCAACUUUCGCUGUUCAGGUUCGCCAUAAAUUGUUGAAAACUUUGACCAGCAUAUGUGCAUUAUUUAUUUAGGUAAGAUGUUGAAAAUUUGUACUAUUUAAACGGCUCAAAAAUAGUAAACCGAAAACACCCGUACCCGUUUGUCGUUUACGUGUAGACCAUGGUUUACCACGGGGAAACGGGUAGAAAUUACGGGUAAAAUUGCUGACAUCAGCAAAAUUGGUAAACAAAAUGGCGAUACUCGUACCCGUAAACCGGAACCGGGGUAUCUUAAUAACCUAACAAUUACCCCCCGGUAACUGCCUCAAAUGCAAAUUUAAGAUUGUUAUGAAUAUUAGGUUCUCCCACUCUAAUCUCUUUUGAGGAGCUUCGCUCGCCCCAAUUUUACUUUCUUUUCCAUUACGCCAGCACGUAACUCGUAAGUGAUUUGUGAGGAAAAUAGGAGGUCUGGAGUCCUCCCCCAGAAAACGUUUAUAUUUUUGAUGCUCAAUUAAUGACAGCAAUUCUGGAAUUUUCUGGAGCAUCCACAAGGGUAACGAGUAAAUGAGACGACUGUUUUAAUUAAGGCUAUUUUUGUUAGUUUGGUGACUGCACAUUUGAGUUUUAAGGACUGCACAAAUGGAUUUAGAACUGCACAUUUUGUGUAGAACUGCACGUUAAAAUAAACCCUGGCGCGUUUGUUGCUUUGUGUGCAACAAAACAUAAAGGUAUUAAUUAGUUAAUACGAACUGUAUGAUUUAUUUCUUUCUAAUUCAUUUGGAAGAGAAGAAAUGGCUUAUUUUUCAUUUUUUCUUCUGAGUGAUUGAAAUGAGUGAGUUCACAAUGUUGAAUGUCAGGUUGAAUGUCAUGCGUACUUCACAGUGGUUGACCGACCACCACUCUCUAUUAAAGUGGAAGCUGCAAAAAUGGCUUAUGGUCUGGAGCAAUCUCGUUCCCAGAGUAUGCCUGUUCGCGGGUUAGGUCAUGCCACAACCUAACCCGCGAACAGGCAUACUCUGGGAACGAGAUUGGGUCUGGAGCGGAAAUAUGCUGAGUCAAAGGGAUACCAGAACAAGCGACGCUUCGUCAUGAUUAGUAGAUUACUAGCACAAUUUUUCAAAAGUUCCCUAUAGCUAACUGUGUUCCCACUAAUAUUUCCACAAGAAGAUGUCAUAAUUUAGGAUUUGCGAAAUAUUUAGAUUUUAAAUUCAGCGAUGUAUAAAAACAUGUGCAUGUACUAUAAAAAUUUCAAGUUCCUUGGCCACGUGCUCCAGCAGCCCGUAAGCUCGCAAAGGAUCAUAAUUAAUGUUAUAUGAAAAGUCGUGUGUUAUCCAAAAUUUAUAGCGUUAUAUGAAAAAUUGUAUGUUAUCCAAAAUUUAUAAUGUUAUAUGAAAAUGAAAAUCUUAUCUUAGGGCCUGUUCAUAUGAUCCCGCUUACCGGGACGUCUCGCUUACCGAUGAUCUCGCCGCCUAUCUAUUUUCCUAUAAAAUUUUGCAUUGUGUUCAUAUGGGAAAGCGAGCUGGCUCGCUUGCCGAGAUCUCGUUUGAAUUUGCCGAGAUCAUAGGUAGGCGGGAUGAAAAUUUUUCCAUAUGAACACGCCAGCCCGCUUACCGGGAUGAAGUGAAACAAGUCUUGCCGGUUUAAUUUAACACUUUUUACUUGGUUUUAUGUUUGUUUUGUAAACAAGUAUUAAAUAACCACCUGAAGCAAUACUUUUUCUUGUAAAUAAACGAAGAAAAACACUAAAAUCGCCAAGUAUUUGUGUUGCUUGACUGAAAUGUAGAAGUUUUGCAUACGCUAAUUAUAGAACUACAUUGUAAUUUCAUCUCGGCAAGCGGGACGAAAUACUCCAUAUGAACGCACGGAAAUAUUCAUCUCGGUAAGCGAGACGUCCCGGUAAGCGGGAUCAUAUGAACAGGCCCUUAAAAUAGAAUAACAUUUUUGACACCGAUGACGCGCCAUAAAAAUGGCACGGGCACCGCAAUAUAAUGCGGUGCCAAAAAUGGCACGGGCACCGCAAUACUAUCAAUCGAUCGUGAUCGUUUGUAGCAACUAAGAAUACAAUGACUUCACAUAAAUAAGACCCAAAGGGUUUUAAAAAAUAAUUGUCCAUGAUCCACCAAGACUACUGCAUGCGACGAAUCACGGCCUUAUAAGUUAUAGCUAUAGAUGCAGGCUGCAUUUUUAUAAAAUCCGGUUCGGGGAGGUUUUAUGCUUUCAUAUGUUUAGAGCAACAUAAUUUGUCACACACCCAAUAAUUCUGGGUAAUAUAUUUCAGGAAAAUGUCAGUUGAUUGAAAAUUCAAGUAAAUAUUGUGCUGGCCUGUACGAUUAUUUUUUCAAAUUAUUUUGCUUGUGUCGAUAAUUUUUUUUUAAAUUAUCCCUUGCUCGAACUUUUUUUUCAGAAAAGUGUUGGCGAUCGGGGGGGAGUUAACAUUUUUUCAGGACACUAAAAAAAGGGUCAAAAAAAAUUUUCCGGACUAAAAUCAGUUAACUUAAGCUACAAAAAAAUUUCCCUCACAAGUUCUUGUUAAAACAUGCUUAAAACCUUUUUUUGCACCAAUAUCUUCAAUAUUUAGGUUUAGAAACUUUUUUCUCACACCAUUACAUAUAUCAAAAAAGGUUUUAUUUUUCAAAUUUGGGGGCCACCCUUACACAACUUAUAAUUUUCCCUAUUGAAAAGCCUCUGCGCGAAUUUUUUUAAACUUUUUUCGUGCUCGAAUUUUUUUUUCUGUUUUCCUUGCUCGAUUUUUACUUCUGCUUUUGCCCCCCCCCCCCCCCCCACCCCCAUCACUUUUCUAAUGGUCCGCCCCUUAGUCUUGAUAAACCGGCAGUGAUUAAGUGGUUGAUAUUAAUUUCCGAAGAAAAAAGGGUACGUGACAGCUAUGUUUUCGAAUCGGUCCAUAGUUCAUAUUAAAGAUAACGGCCAACUGCAUACAAUACAGCAUACGCUCGCAAACAUAUUUUUAAAAGCUGGCAAAUUCCGCAAACAAAAUUGUCACUUCGCGUUAUUUAUCGUGUGGUGAAAGAAUAAAAUUGAACAUAAUCGCGUAUUUCUGCAAAAUUGCCAUGCUUAAUAAAUGUCGAAUUUCAAGCUCACACUGCCAAUUUUAGACACCGAAUCCACGGAAUGCAUUAAUGUGGGAAAACACACAAUCAAUUUAUGCAUUUUUCACAUUUACGCAAAUUAUCGAGAACAUUCUACAUUCUGCUCAAUUGCGGUUAUUAAUAUUCAAACUAUUUAUAUUAUCAAUGAAACGACAAUACUAUUACGUUUUUCCAAUCAAAAUGAACUGUCACGCGUGAUAUGCAAAUUAGACAUAGCAACGGUCGUAUAAUAUGUCUUUAGACAUGCAAAACAAAGUAAACAUAUGGCGAAACCAAUGCAUGCAUGGUAACAAGAUCGGGGAUGGCGGAUUGGUUUUCGGAUUGGCGGGCUAGACAUCACUGACCAAAUAUCUGCAUGUACUUGACGGCCUCUUCUCGAAAAUAGAACUGAAUCACAUUUGCUGGUUAAUUGUGGUGAAACGCGCACAAUAAAUUUCUUAGAAAUACAGUAUAUAGUAAAGCCCAACACAUGAUUAUCGGACCAAGGCAUCAGAAAAUGGAAAAUGUUUUUGGUUACGCUUUUAUAAAUCAGUUUUAUUCCUUUUAGUAUAUGCACUUGCCUGGCUUUACGGUUCAUUAGUAAAUUACAUUCAUACAUCUAUACGUCGUGUUCUUGGAAAAAAUUAAAUAUAGCUACACGUCUCAGGGUCAGGGAAAUGUGCAUAGCCAUUGUAUUCACAGAAUCUUGCGUUCACUGCUCCCUAGCUCUUAGCUAUAACUAACAAAUUACAAGAAAAACCGUUAUCUUAUAUUUUGAAAUUUAACUUCUGCAUCUAUUGUAAGGUCCGCGACGAGGUUUAUUACUCUUUUGUCUGUUUGGUUAAAGCUUCUUUCUCUAUAGCAACAAAAUGUUUCAGUGCCUUUAAAACGUUUAUUUAAAAAAUACAGUAUUUAGGAAUGGUAUUGGACGGAGAGGGAAUAUGUUUGCUCUGUAGUUUCUGAAUAUAAAGCUAAUUUUAAAUAUAUAGUAUGACUUGAUGUUGCUUAGUUAAGCAUCACGUCUAUUGAGAUGAUCGAUUUGAUCAAUUCCUUAUAAUUCCGUAUGGUAUAUAUGCAUUUACUUGGCUCGUCUUUUUGACGAGAAAGAACUGUUAUUUUUAUUAACCCUACUUUCGUUAAAGUGCUUAUGAAACGAAAUUUUCACCUCAUUUUUUAUUGCUUUGCUAAAAACUACUGCUAGGGCGAUGAAGAAUGACGUUUACAGUUUCUUCAUAUCUCAUCUCAUUCUCAAGUUAUCGCACUUUCCAAAUUUCGAGUUGUGACGUCACUAGUUUGACUUGAGAUAAUGGCAAUAACAAGAAAGUCUGAUAUCUUAGUGAGUAUUUAAUAAAAUUCAAUGAAACUCGGUACACUUAGUGGGUGCACCCAUAUGAAUAUUUUUGGAAGGUCAUGUGGUUGUCAUGGCAACACACUAGUGCGCAAUCUCUUCUCUUCCUUUUCACAAAUUUCCUCCCGUAGACCUCUUGCAGAGGAUGUUUGUAUGUUAUAACGGUUUAGACUGGUCACAAUACCGAUACGUAUGAUAGUAAUAAGCGACAAUUGCAGAAAUUACCAUUUAUUUCGUUGGAAAUGGAUCAUAUAGAAAUUGGAAGAGAGGGGACUGGUGACGAGUGUGUUGCCACAAGAACCACAAAAACAAGCCAAAUUGUUCACUUCGUUGCACGCACUUAGUGUGCCAAGUUUCAUUGAAUUUUAUUAAAUGAUCAUCAAGAUAACAGAUUUUCUUGUUUUGCCACUAUUUUGAGUCAAACUAGUGACGUCACAACUCAAAAUAUAGAAAGUGCGAUAACUUGGGAAUGAGAUGAGAUACGAACAAACUGUAAACGUCAUUCUUCAUCAUUUAAGCAGUACCUUUUAAUAAGACAAUAAAAAAUGAGGUAAAAAAUUUCUUUUCAUAAGCACUUUAACUGAAUGCUACGAAUUGAACCCUAGCUGGCAGCCGCAGCGCUAAAAAGCACCAACGGCAAAACUGUGCCACCACCCCAAAUAAUUUUAAUUAAUUACAUGCAUCAAUUUUGUUUCAGAUAAAUGCACAAAAGACGUUCUUAUUCUUCUCGAUACUUCAUAUUCAAUUGGCCAAAGCAACUUUGACAAUAAAAUCAAACCGUUUCUGAAACAACUCGGGCACAGUCCUGAACUAAACGUUUCACCGCAGGGCACCCAUUUGGCGAUAUUGGCAUUCAGUUCAGUGAGCCAGACCAAGAUACGUCUUCCUUUCCACCAAGGCUAUGGUACACAAUACCUUAACGCCAUCGAUGGUUUUGAUUGGGAUACUGUCAGUGGUGAUCGCACAAGAACUGAUGUGGCCUUUCAAAAAGCCGGCGAGGUGUGUAUUGGUAUCAAAAUAUAAAAGAAACUAGUGUAGUUCCGAAUAUCAGAUCAUGUUAGCCUUAUAUUGGGAUUAAUUAAUUCCUAAUCCCAUUUCUUACUCUAACGUAUAACCUUGAUCUAAUAUGCCAAUCUCUCAUUUUAAUCCCCGAUUCGAGUUUAAUUAAACCAUAUGCAUGCACUCCUAUAACCUGAUAACAUUUUGAAACUGUCCAAGGUUGUUAUAUUUUGAGGCACUUUAAUGAAAGUCAUUCCAAAUUUUGUUUUUCAGAUAUUUAACGACCGUAGUCCAUUGAACCACCGUAGUGAAUAUGAUGACGUCAUAAUAUUACUCACGGAUGGUGAACCUUUCGGCGUUAGGAACGUGAUGCAAAAGACCAUCGCUCAAGCGAAGAUAUUAAAACGCAGAGGAGUGCCAAUAAUUGGGUUGGGGGUUGGCUCUGUCAAUAUGGCAACACUGAGAAAGAUUUCCAGUCCAGGAGAAGCAGUACUGGCCACAUUCGAUAAUAUUCAUACGAAAUUAGAAACACUUGUCCGUGGAUCUUGUCAACCAGCCCCCGCACUAAGUAUGAUUAGUAUUAAUUUGAGCGAAUUUAACUUUUGUUAUGUUCUAGACUGCUCUCCCAAGUUGGUUUUUGUUCUGCCCGUCUGUUUAAUCGUAGCUUAUCGAAGGGAAGAUGCAAGGCUAUAUGACACUCAUUAGAAUAACAAUAUAUAAUAUAACUCAUUAUCUAUGUUAGUUAACGUUUAUUCAAAAAUCUGGUCCUUCACCGUCACAUGCGUAUUGUAUUUUUGCCCAACUAACCAAUAGCAAUGUUUUAGGAAAGUUAUCUAUCCGUGACUCGAACAAUAUGGAAAUUGGAAAUUGCUAUUGGUGGAUUUGGCAAAAAUACAAUAUACACGUGACGGUGAAGGACCAGAUUUAUGAAUGAGCGUUGACCAACAUAGAUAAUGAAUUAUAUUGUUAUUCUAAUGGGUUUCACAGUAGCAGUAGCCAUGCAUCUUUCCUCCGAUAAGCUAUAGUUUAACUUUAAGACUUCAGAAAAUAAAAUUUUAUUGAUGCAUGCAUACAAUAUUCCUGAAACUGAAUUUUCUGAAAUUUUUUAACAAACUGUUAGUAUAGUUAGUAUGUUCGCUAUGAGGUUUUACGUUAAUUGAACCAGGGCGUCUUCUUAUAUAAAGCUUCUCAUUGGUUUUGCUAAUAAAUCAUACCCGAUAUUUUACAAAUAGUCCGUCUAUUAAUGUGAAGACGAAUUAUCAGACGAACUAUCGUGGUAUUCUUUCUCCGUUUUUCCCACACGAUGCAUCCCCCUCUUGUAUUAAUCGCGACAUUCUUUUCUUUCUCAGCUUGUAAGUGUCCGGCAGAGGAGCAUGGCGAUCAGUUUAUUCUUGAAUCUGACAGCUCAUCACGGGAAGUAUCAUGGGAUAGCCGACCUCAACCAAGCUGCAGCGAUUCAAACGCAAAAGUUUCUCUGACGAGUGUCAUACCAAAUGUCCAGUCUGGAGACCUGUUUGAUAUUGGUCGACAUACUAUAGAGUACACAUAUAGGGCGGUGAGCGGCACAACAGCGACUGAGGUGAAGUGUAAUAUCCGUUUUGAAGUUAAAGGUUUGUUCUAUUAAAAUUUUUAUAAAAAUACUUAAUUAUAUAAUGGGCACAACACUUACAGUAGUAAUACAGUUGUAAUGCAGGGAUUGGAAUUUUCCUAUGUCAUCAACACAGUUGAUAGCGAUCAGAGGCCGCGGAAGCAUUUCGAAAGUGGAGGGGCAUGCAGGGGCACUUCUGUAUAGGACCAAAAUCAAACGAUUUUAUGUCAUUCAUGAGCCGAACGAAAAGUUUUGAAAAUAUGGAGUCUCUAUAAUGUCGAAAAUAGCCUUUACAGAGUUUUUACUACUCAGCAAAAAUGGCACUUUCUUUCCAGUAAAAGAGGGCGUUCAUUCAAGAAAUACUUUCAGUUUCAUUCUUUAAAUGGGGCACUUUAGCCCAGAGAAAAGGGCACUUUUUCACUUUUAAAAAAAGUGUAGGGUGGGGGCACAUGCCCACAUUGCUCCCCGGUUCUGCGGCCCCUGAUAUAGCGAUACUCAAAACGAAGUUAUAAUUAUCUUUUCCACUCAUCGCAAAAGUCAACAUGCAAGCAAACUGCGUGUUUACUCUUUCGAUGAAAGAAAAAGAGGCUUUAUAUACAUGCAGCAUGCGUGCGUUAUAGUUCGUUCGGAAUCUUUGCAAUUUAUUAAAAAAUAGUAUGCUUUAUUAGCGCUCGUGGUGCAUUCGUUUUGUGCAUGUUCCAUGCAGCGUACGCAUUGUACACACGUAAAAACGCACAAGUUGUAACAAGUCUGCAAACAAGUUGUUACACGUCUGUUCACAAGCUGUCAACAAGUUGUGCUCGCACUGCUUGUUCCCAGUUUGUUGUAACAAGUUUGAAACAAGCUGUUAACAACUUGUAACAAGCUUGAUGGCAUUAUCAGCCUUUUUACAAGAUUGUGUAACAAGUUUGUUACAGUCAUGAUAUGACAAGGAUGUUACAAGGUUGUCAACGCAAGGUUGUAACAAUCUUGUUAUAUCAAGCAUGUCACAGACUUGUCAGAACAACCUUGCAACAAGUCUGACAAUUUCGACAAGGUUGUUACAAGUUGUCCACAAGUUGUUCCAAACCUGUUGACAACUUGUGACAAGCAGUGCGAAUACAUCUUGUUAACAGCUUGUGAACAGACUUGUAACAAACUUGUGCGUUUUCAGCGUGUGUAGUUAACUGCGAGGCCUCGUACACACUGGACUGGAUGAAUUUGAAACCCUUCCCAAAUUUGUGCGAUUUCGCCUUUUGCGUUCCGCUCAUCAUGGACUGACCUACGCCGACUGCAUGCUCUACAACCAACCUAGAACCAUAAUUUCAGGCGAACUGAAAUAAAGAUAAUUAGUCUCUCCUGCUGUGCAUGUGGUGUAAGAAGUAAACAUGAUUGUAUUGUUCCAGGACAAAUUUCCUUGACAACUGCAUCCGUCGUUAAACUCGAGUCUUUGAUAUCAGUACUUGGCGGAAUUUUGAUUUUUACUUCAAUAUAUAGGAUUUUGUGGUACUCGUAGUCGGGCAUUUAGUUAGGCUUCCUGGUGUGAACGCUCUAUGACAGCCAUCAGUUAUAUAUUUAUCAGCCACAGAUGAAUCUCUACUAUAUAUGGUGACCGUUUUAUGCCGUUUAUUUAGUCCGAGGGGCAAACUUAUGUAGUGGCAAAGCUUACUCGAUUGGACGGGACGUGUGUUGUUGUGGGAAGAUCCAUGAAAAAAGAGAGAACUAUGAAUGCUGUGGUACUGAUUAUUUUUCAAACUCAACCAAACAGUGUUGUGCAGGCUCAACUUUACGAGACAUAGAUCAGCCGUGCUUUGGUCCUCGUAAGUAUAUAUAAUAUGCGUAAAGCAUGCAGGGUAAAUAUAACUAUUUGCUACGGUCUGUAACCGAUUUUGAACUGCUUUGGACUUUUUCGUAUAGUGUUUUUAAUUUCACCAAGGCUACAAAUGCGAACAAUCGUUGUUUUCUUGUUCGCAAAACUUUAGCAGGUUUGUUGUCGCUACUCAUAGUGUGACAGUGUGAGCUAACUGAUACGGCGAUACUCAAUCAGAUUGCAUGAGAAUAACCAAAUGGAUAGUUUAUAUUCUCCAAUCUCUAGUAUGCAAAUGUCCAGCAGUGAAUCUUGGUACAAGGUACAUGAAAGAGGGUGAUCUUACGACUAGUGUCACGUGGGCUGUGCCACGCCCUACAUGUGGUGGACGACUACGAACAAAAACGCCAGACGAACGUCCUGGUCAGAUGUUUAAACCUGGGGAAUAUAGAAUAGACUACCUGUACCAGACCACCAACCAAAUGGAUGUUACGUGUACUGUUCGCUUCGAAGUCAAAGGUUUGUAAGUCCUACUAUUUUUAUCCUAAACUUAACUUAACUGGGAUGUUUUUCACUAUACUGUAUGUUUACUUUUCGUACGCUUACAUCAUAAUUUUCUUGAUUUCAAAAUAGUUAAGCUUUAAACGGUACUCCACUUUAACGGCUUAUUGACCGAGCGUGAGGUCUGCACUGUGAAAUAUCAGACCGAGGGUUUUUAGUAUGGAUCGAGCGACGAAGGAGCGAGGUCCAUGCAAAAAACAAAGGUCUGAUAUUUCACAGUACAGACCGAACAAGCGAGGUCAAUAAUCGGUUUAUUAUAUGGCUGAACUGAGUCUGUGAGCAUAUGCUUUUCGCGCGAAUUAAAUCGGCUAUCGUCAGUUUCACUGGGUAACAAUAUACGGUAGGCAUGCAUGCUCAAUCAAAAACAAUUUGAUUGUUUGAAAUUUUUAUCUGUAAAUUUUAAUGACACACAAGUUUGCCAGGUAAAACAUCUAAGAAAACCACUAUACACAUUUCUGUUUGCAAAGCAAAAAUUUUCCGCCAGAUAAACGACAUCCGGGACACCGGUCCAGAUACGGAAAAUACGGACCACGGUCCGGAUAUGGGUUUUUACCGACCGCUUGUCAACCAAUCAGAAUUGAGAAUUUUGAAAAGCCAUAUAAUAAUAGCGUUUAUUGUACCUCACUACCGCCGGAAAUAUAUUGCCCUGAUGAAGGGCCUUUGCUCAAAUCGCGGAAGUCUUUUCAAUUUUUUUCAGAUUCCUGGCACAUAAAAUACGACUGAUUAUUGUACGAUCUGCACAAGAACUAAUUCCUAUCAUGGACCACCAUGUUGAAGAUAUUGAAAUCCUUAAUAUUCACUAUUCAGCACAGUAUUUGUGACUCAUUCCCAUCUCUUGCCUUCUCUCUAGAAUGCAGUUGUCCACUGCCAGUUCUCAAAACCUUUAGGGUAACGCCUGGUGAAACGACCACCGCUGUAACAUGGACCGCCCCGCUAUCCACAUGUUCCGAAGCGAUAAGAAACACUGUACUACCUCAAGCUACGUCGGGACAGUUGUUUGCUAUUGGCCAACACACGGUCGUAUAUGCAUACAAUAUAAAUAAUCAGUUUGAUCAACGAUGUGCAGUUAUGUUUGAAGUAAGAGGUAGGUUAUUUAAUGUCAUUGGUUGCCAAUGUAGAAACAAUUGGAGAGGUUAUGGUAAACACAUGAUCACUAUCAUUGUCAUAUUACCACUAACAUGCCACCAACAACUAUUACUAUGUUAUUUCCACAACGUAUCACCAUCAACCCAUAUCAUCAUGUACACUACAAUCAUGAAUACCAUCAUCAUCACUAGCAAUAUAUGAACAUCAUCUCAUCACCACCAACAUCACCACCAUGAUCAUCACAUCAACACUAUCAUCACUUCCAUCGUCAGCUUCAUGACCAUCAUCACAACGUGUAUUACCAUCAUCACCACGACCAAUAUCAUCACUACAAUCAUGACCACCAAGGAUCAUUAUAUUUCACAACAUGACCAUCACUUUCAUCACCAUCAUUAUGAUGGCGACGAUGGUGCUGAUGUUGGUAGUUACCAUUAUCACAUGCAAUUCCGUCACUAUUUUACCAGGAUCACCAAUUAAUAAUCAAUCUACAAACACUCAGAAUAUACCGCUAUCUAUCUUCCAGGAGCUCUAUGUCGCGACAAAGGAUACAAUUCAGCAAACGAAGUAUGCUGCUGUGGUACAGUACACAACAUAAUUCAGGGUUAUGGUUGCUGUGGCCAAGACUAUUACUCAUUAACCACCCACCAAUGUUGCGCCAACUUAGUCGUGCGAGAUAAGGCCAUGUCUUGUCCAAGACAAUGAAGACAAGUGCAAGAUUUGCUGAUAGUGUUGUUUUCUUAAAUAUCUGUUGUUUCUUUUUACCUUCUUUCUAGAUGAUAAUUAAUCACACGUGUCAUUUGUUGAUAAUGGCAUGUAAAGCUUUUUUAAUAAAUGAUUUUUUG